CAGGAUUUCCCCAUGACCCCAGUCAAAGUAUAAAGUCUCACAGUUAAAUUAGCCAUACAGACUGGGGACGACAGCGGAGAAAGAAACAUCUGAAAACAAACACUUAUAGCAUCAUGAGACUUUACAUCCUUCUCAGUUUUCUGCUUUUGGCUGUGCUUUGCAGCUCUCUUGUUGAUGCUAGCCAAGUGAAAUUUGGCACCCUCUGCAGAGGUAACCCAAGUAACCGUAAAAGAGGAUGUGAUAAAAAGUAUGGCUGUGGAGACUAUGGAGCCAGCCGUGGGAAUCGGAAACAUAUGGGUCUUGACAUUGUGUGUGCUGAUGGAGACACAGUUCUUGCUCCAUUUGAUGUGAAGCUGAAUGGCAAAGCUGCACCAUACAUAAAGAACAAUGCUAUCAAUGAUGGCAUUAACUUGAGCGGAGAAGGUCUCUGCUUCAAGCUGUUCUACGUUAAGCCAGACCGUUACUCUGGGACCCUGAAAAAAGGGCAGAAGAUCGGAAGUCUGCUCCCAAUGCAGAAGGUUUAUCCUGGCAUCACUUCCCAUGUUCACGUUCAAAUGUGUGACAAAUCAGAUCCCACAAAGUACUUCUAAUGCUGAUGGAGUUGAUGACCACCUGCAACUAUCAAACCACUUCAGAAUCUUCUGUCAUUUAUAUCAGCUUUAUUUCUUCAUGCUGGUGCCCAGCACUUUGCAGUCUAACAAUAAAGUUCUGAAGACUA